AUGUACAGGACACUCGCCUUCGCCUCUCUUUCGCUCUAUGGAGCCGCCCGCGCUCAGCAGGUUGGCACCAGCACUGCUGAGAACCACCCCAAGCUGACCUGGCAAACCUGCACGGGUACCGGCGGUACCAACUGCUCCAACAAGUCUGGUUCCAUUGUGCUCGACUCCAACUGGCGAUGGGCCCACAACGUUGGCGGAUACACCAACUGCUACACUGGCAACACCUGGAGCACCGAGUACUGCCCCGAUGGUGACUCUUGCACCAAGAACUGCGCUAUCGAUGGUGCUGACUACUCUGGCACUUAUGGUAUCACUACCAGCAACAACGCUCUCUCCCUCAAGUUCGUCACCAAGGGCUCCUUCUCCAGCAACAUUGGUUCGCGUACCUACCUCAUGGAGACAGACACCAAGUACCAGAUGUUCAACCUCAUCAACAAGGAGUUCACCUUUGACGUCGACGUUUCCAAGCUUCCUUGUGGUCUGAACGGCGCCCUCUACUUCGUCGAGAUGGCCGCCGACGGUGGCAUCGGCAAGGGCAACAACAAGGCUGGUGCCAAGUACGGAACUGGAUACUGUGACUCGCAGUGCCCUCACGACAUCAAGUUCAUCAACGGAAAGGCCAAUGUCGAGGGCUGGAACCCCUCGGAUGCUGACCCCAACGGUGGUGCCGGUAAGAUUGGUGCUUGCUGCCCUGAAAUGGAUAUCUGGGAGGCCAACUCCAUCUCGACUGCCUACACCCCUCACCCUUGCAAGGGCGUGGGUCUCCAGGAGUGCACUGACGCCACGAGCUGCGGUGACGGCUCCAACCGCUACAACGGCCAGUGCGACAAGGACGGAUGCGACUUCAACAGCUACCGCAUGGGCGUCAAGAACUUCUACGGCCCAGGCGCCACCCUCGACACCACCAAGAAGAUGACCGUCGUCACCCAGUUCCUCGGCUCCGGCUCCAGCCUCUCAGAGAUCAAGCGUUUCUACAUCCAGAACGGCAAGGUCUACAAGAACUCCGAGUCGGCCAUUUCAGGCGUCACCGGCAACUCCAUCACCGAGAGCUUCUGUACCGCGCAGAAGAAGGCCUUUGGCGACACUUCGUCAUUCGCCACCCUGGGUGGUCUCAACGGCAUGGGUGCUUCGCUUGCUCGCGGCCACGUCCUCGUCAUGUCGCUCUGGGACGACCACGCCGUCAACAUGCUCUGGCUCGACUCUACCUACCCCACCGAUGCCGACCCAUCCAAGCCCGGUGCUGCCCGUGGUACCUGCCCUAUCACCUCUGGUAAGCCAGAGGAUGUUGAGAAGAAUUCGCCCGAUGCUACGGUUGUCUUCUCCAACAUCAAGUUUGGUCCUAUUGGCUCUACUUUUGCUCAGCCCGCAUAA